AUGUAUGACAAUGCUGAGGAAAUUGCCCGACGGAGGUUGAAAGACUUCCGCAACUUUCAACCACCUAUCUUUGAAGGUGGAGACAAUCCUGAGACUGCAGCAAGAUGGCUGCAAAUGAUCGAACAUAUAUUUGAACGAAUGGUAUGCCCCGAGGCUCAGAAGCCUGAUUAUGCCUCCUAUCAGUUGACGGGAGAAGCUUUAACUUGGUGGACCGGUGCAAGGGCUCUGCUUCAAGCCCAACAUAUUGAAUUAACUUGGGCUGUAUUCCGACGGGUCUUUCUGGAUAAGUAUUUUCCAAAGGCGAUGAGAAGAAUGAAACACACAGAGCUGCUGUCGCUGAGGCAAGGAAGCAUGACCGUUAAUGAAUAUAUUGCUAAAUUUGCUCAACUAAUGGAAUAUGCAAACUUUGACCGGAAUAUCUAUGAUGAAGAAUGGCAGGUGGAGAAAUUUGAAAGCGGAUUGCACCCGGAGAUCCGAAAGCUCAUGUUGACCACAGCUUCGUACUCUACCAGAAAUCAUUAA